GGCAAACCAGAAAGAUGCAUGAAAUGUUCCCUUUCCACUCCUGUCUGGUGUCUUUCUCUAUGGCUCCACCUUCCUCUUUAGACAAUCCCGACAGUGUAGAAGUUUCCAUCUCCCUUCCCUCUCCUCUCUCUACCCCCCUUCACUUUCUCCCCCCUCCUAGGGCGCUUCCUGCCUGGAAACAAAAGAUUGGUCCCCAGUAGCCCACUCAGGGCGAUUUUACUUUUAUGCUCACCAUCUGAUUGGCCUAGGUACGGUGCAGAGCCCAGGUGACGUCAUAGCAUAGAAGAGCUAGGGAGCGGUUGCUGAGCAGAGGGGCUCUACAGCAGGCAGGCAGCUGUGGCCGCAAACUGUCUGGGGUCUUACACUGGGGGCUGCAGCUUUUCCUCUCUGGGAGUAAGUGCACUGGGCGAAAGAAGAGCCGUGGGGGGUGGGGGAGCGGGCUGGGCCCGGGGCUGCGCCUGCAGCCGCUGGGCUGCAGCUCCCCAGCCCAACUGCCAGCGUGCUCCGAGGUACUGGAAAGGUCUUGGCAGGGUGGCUGGACCCUUGGCAGACUCAAAUCCAGGCCAACUGUAUGGCUGUCUGAGGUGUUGGAACAGAAGGAGGUCCAUUCCUGUUGGUGACAGCACUGUGGCCCUGUUCUAGGAUGAGCCAGGUAUAAAAGCUGCUUAGGCAUCUAUCCUGUUGCCCAAGUCAACAUUCCCAUCCCCAAAGAAUUUCAAGUAGACAAACCAGCAAAGAAUAUGCAAGCCAUUUCUCUUUGACUCUGAGCACACCUUGGGCCAAGAAGAUGGUAGAACUGCAUAUCAGCAGCAGGAGUUUGUGUGAUGCAUCCUCAUGAAAGGGAAGCACCUAAGUUUCAGCCAUUGGAAUUGAAGGAGCUGUGAAAUCAGCUGCAACUGAAAAUGUCUGACAGCUUGGAUAACGAAGAAAAACCUCCAGCUCCCCCACUGAGGAUGAACAGUAACAACCGAGAUUCUUCAGCACUCAACCACAGCUCCAAACCACUGCCCAUGGCCCCGGAAGAGAAGAAUAAGAAAGCCAGGCUUCGCUCUAUCUUCCCAGGAGGAGGGGAUAAAACCAAUAAGAAGAAAGAGAAAGAACGCCCAGAGAUCUCUCUUCCUUCAGACUUUGAGCAUACGAUUCAUGUGGGUUUUGAUGCAGUCACCGGGGAAUUCACUAACUCCCCUUUCCAGACCUCUAGACCUGUGACGGUCGCUUCAAGUCAAUCAGAGGGAAAACUGCCAGAUCUCUAUGGCUCACAGAUGUGCCCAGGGAAGCUCCCAGAGGGAAUUCCUGAACAAUGGGCUCGACUGCUCCAAACCUCCAACAUUACAAAACUGGAACAGAAGAAGAACCCACAGGCUGUUCUGGAUGUUCUCAAGUUUUACGACUCCAAAGAAACAGUCAACAACCAGAAAUACAUGAGCUUUACAUCAGGAGAUAAAAGUGCCCAUGGAUAUAUAGCAGCACAUCAGUCGAAUACCAAAACAGCUUCAGAACCUCCUUUGGCUCCUCCUGUAUCUGAAGAAGAGGAUGAAGAAGAGGAAGAGGAAGAAGAUGAUAAUGAGCCCCCGCCUGUCAUUGCACCAAGACCAGAGCAUACAAAAUCAAUCUAUACUCGUUCUGUGGUUGAGUCAAUUGCUUCACCAGCAGCACCAAAUAAAGAAGCCACCCCACCUUCUGCUGAGAAUGCCAAUUCCAGUACUUUGUACAGGAAUACAGAUCGGCAAAGAAAAAAAUCCAAGAUGACAGAUGAGGAGAUCCUAGAGAAGCUAAGAAGCAUUGUGAGUGUUGGGGACCCAAAGAAGAAAUAUACAAGAUUUGAAAAAAUUGGCCAAGGGGCAUCAGGAACUGUUUACACAGCACUAGACAUUGCGACAGGACAAGAGGUGGCUAUAAAGCAAAUGAACCUUCAACAGCAGCCCAAAAAGGAAUUAAUUAUUAAUGAAAUUCUUGUCAUGAGGGAAAAUAAGAACCCCAAUAUUGUCAAUUAUUUAGAUAGCUACUUAGUGGGUGAUGAACUGUGGGUAGUCAUGGAAUACUUGGCUGGUGGCUCUUUGACUGACGUGGUCACAGAAACCUGUAUGGAUGAAGGACAGAUAGCAGCCGUCUGUAGAGAGUGCCUCCAAGCUUUGGAUUUCUUGCACUCAAACCAAGUGAUCCACAGAGAUAUAAAGAGUGACAAUAUUCUCCUCGGGAUGGAUGGUUCUGUUAAACUGACUGAUUUUGGAUUCUGUGCCCAAAUCACUCCUGAGCAAAGUAAACGAAGCACUAUGGUGGGAACUCCCUAUUGGAUGGCACCUGAGGUGGUAACUCGAAAAGCUUAUGGCCCGAAAGUUGAUAUCUGGUCUCUGGGAAUCAUGGCCAUUGAAAUGGUGGAAGGUGAACCCCCUUACCUUAAUGAAAAUCCACUCAGGGCCUUAUAUCUGAUAGCCACUAAUGGAACCCCAGAGCUCCAGAAUCCCGAGAGACUGUCAGCUGUAUUCCGUGACUUCUUAAAUCGCUGUCUUGAGAUGGAUGUGGAUAGACGAGGGUCUGCCAAGGAGCUUUUGCAGCAUCCAUUUUUAAAAUUAGCCAAGCCCCUGUCCAGCCUCACUCCUCUGAUUCUUGCUGCAAAGGAAGCCAUUAAGAACAGUAGCCGUUAGAAGUGCAAGCCUUACCCCUCACCGUCUCCCGGAUGAGUAAGACUGAACUAAAACUCUGCUGCAGGAUCCACAGAAGAAAAGACAGUCAAAUGGAGUGGGGGUUCUUUAACUUUCAAGUGAAUAGAAACUUCUUAUAAACCUUUUUCCUACUCCCUCAGAUUAUGUAAUUUAUUUGUAAGCCUGAACCGCAGCCCACACAGGGCAGCAAUGUCGAAGUAGCCAUUAAGUGGCCACUUCCACCGUGAAGCGAGAGAGCCAGUAGUGAAUCCCCUCAUUCGUGCAUUUACUUUGAAGAAAAAGAGAUUUCUCAAAGAUGCACACUCCCUCUUCAUAGUGCUGUGUGUUUUUAAGUUAGAGAGUAGUCCCCCUUCCAUUCAAACCUCUUUCAAAAUCCCUUACCCAACGUGAUGUUUUUUCACUUGCAUUGUCAUUAGAUGUCCAGAAAAAAAGAUGUCAAAAUGUUUUUUUUAAAAAAAAGAAAGCAAAAAAGCAAAGAAAAAAAAACAAAACAAAAAACAAACAAAAACGAAAAAAAAAAAAUAGAACAAGUGCCGUGUGAAGCCGUGGACGUCCAUGCCCUAAUCGAGUCGCAAGUUUUUAUUCUUCUGUAGUGGUGGCUUGGUUUGUGUACCUAUUUUUCUGCAUUUGUAUUGGAGAAGGUUUCCUUUAAGACAUUUUUCCGAAAACAGGAGGAAUAGGAGUCAAAACAAAGCUCUAAUUGUGAGAUCCUGUCACAUUUCGCAUGGAUGCUAAUGGAGUAGUUGAAUUGUCAUGUGAAGCAGCUCGUUGGCCUCUGUGAUAACAGAGAAAGGACACACUGAAAAUGUGGCAGCGCUGCUGGGUGAGUCCAGGUCCUAAACCUAGGAUAUCCUGAUGGGAGAAACCUUACUUACACAAAGAUGGGACUUUCUCUGAGAGCCAAAAGGAAAAUGCAGAACUCCUCAUUGGGCAGUAAAUAAGCGAAGAUGGUGAAUUUAGUCCUCUCUUGUGCUCCUGUAACAUAGGCAUUGUACAAUAGGCACAUUCUGAGGAAAUAGAUCCAUUAGCCGAUGUUCUUCAUGAUGAAAAUAUUCAUUUUGGCAAUUUGUAACGCAUAAGAAUUUUUUAAAGAUUUUAAAGAUCUAGAGAUCAGAGAUGUAGUAAAGUAUUCAACUCUUUAAGGAAUGGAAAGUCAAUGAAAGCUACAUCCCAGUCAACACUUGGCUCUAAAUACUUGAAACUGAUUUUUCUACAUAUCUCCAAUCUCUUUUUUUUUUUUUUUUUUGGUAUUUGACUAUGGUAUGUUCUUAUUUAGUUACUUGGGCUUUUGCCCUUUAAAAGCAUGUUCAUAAAAAUGUUGGAAAUUCACUGAAAAAAUAAUUUUUAUCUGUACUCAUAUUUCCCAACGGAAUUCUUUUUGUGGCUUGAAAAAUAAUUCCAAAAUUUGACUAUUAUUUCACUAUUUGUAUUUAUUAAAAAUUUAUUAGCUAAUCUUCUGAGUGUAAAAAAAAACAUCUGGAAGGUGUCUGCAUAGAAAAGGAUAUGUCUCUUUUGAGUGUGUAGUCGGUUGUAUGAAUUCUAGAAAGUUGUUUCUCUAAGCCUUUGAAAAGCCAACAAUCUAUGUUAUACGCAUUUCUUAAUUUUUUUAGAAUUAGAGAAACUGAAUAGACUUUCCCUACAUUCAGCGAGAGGGGAACAAAAUGAGUGGCAUCUGCCUCUCUUCUCUGUGAGGGCCAUCUGUCCAUUUAAGCAUCCAUCCAUUCCUUCAAAUGAAAGCACUUUCUCUAGAGUUUCUGCUGAUCAUAUAGUACAAUGUUUAUGUUGAGAGAUGGUACCACUGGUGGAUUUCCUAUUUUCCUACAUUAUAAAAUUAAGGAGGGGCUUACCCUUCCCUGAAAAUAUCCACCGUGGAAUAAAAAACAAAUGUGAAGAGAAAAAUCAAAUGAUUAUAUUAAUUUCAAGCUUAUUUUGCAAAGAGAUAUUUGGGCCUGACAUUUUAAAUGUCACACCUCUCUAGUGAGAGAGAAAGAACAUUAAGUUUUUUAUUCUAUUUUAUUUUAAAUGAAGGAUUUUUCCCACUUGUAGUGCCAGGGAAUUCCACAAAUUCCUGGGAUGUAAACAGAAUUCAAUCGAUUGAUGACUGUGCUCUGCUAAUAGAGAGAACCCACACCCUGGCUGGGAAGUCCAAGACAUCAAUUAACAUCCUCUGCAUGUUGUAAAGGCCUUUGUUGUUGUUGCUGCUGUUGCUGUUGCUGUUGUUGUUGUUGUUGUUGUUGCUGUUGUUGUUGUUGCUAUUGUUGUUAUCCUUAUUUAGAAGACCCUGGAGCUGUGGUCCUUCAGGUCUCUGUUGGCAGAGAAAUGGCUGCUCCUGAUGCUCUCCACUCAGCCUAUUAACAGUGAAGGGCCAGGUACUUAUUUCCCAUCAUUCUGUACCGAGGUUUAAUAGUCUGUUCUAGUAGGCAGUACUCGUACAAAAUUAUACCUGUGUACAUGUUCCAAUGAGAACAGCUUCUACAGUCUUUUACUUGUGUUGAAAAGUUACAUAUAUUUCUAAUAAGUAUUAGAGAGAAACUUUUUCUCAUGCCAAAAUGAUGCUGAAGGGUCCAUACUUGCUAUACUCGAACAAAGUAGCCUCCAGAUGGUUGAUAGUUUAUUCCCUUUCCUUGAUUUGUUUUGAGCUCAUCUUAAUACAGAUGAGGCUGUCCAGACCUUUAACAUUGCUAGUGUGCCCUGAGACAUUUGUGGGCACAUUUUUGAAUGUUGAUUCAAAAAUGUCCUGAGGUAGGAAUAGGGCAGUGGGAAAGUCAGGGAAAGGUGAGAAGCACAGUAAAGAUUAUUUAUUUAAGAAAGAAUAAAACAUUGAUAUUGUAGCAAGGAUCCAGUUUGUUGUCAUAAUCCCAUGUGGAUUUGGGGAUGACGCGAUCCCCCUAAAUCAAUCAACAUGUUGGGUAAUGACUUUGUUCUUGCUGAUCUUGUCUGUGUGUCAUUGUAAAUAUUUGUGCGUCCAUGCUCCAUUUUGGCUACUGGAUGGCCAAGUCACAUAAAAAGAUUUAACUCGAGUAUUUAUUCUUUAAUUGUGUUCUUCAGAUUCCUUUCAGGCGUAUGACUUGCACCUCCAAUGCUUUAGUUGAACCACCUAGUCCUCACAUCUAUCAAUUCCCUGUGAAGCACAUUCCAUUGCUAAAAGAAAAAAAAAGAAAUAGAAAUUGCUUCCUGUUUUCUGUAUAACUGUUUUGAUAGUUUAAGAUGUUUGUCUAUAAUGGAUAUUUCUCACCUCAAAGAUCGUGUAAAUAAUUAUAUCCAUUUCCUCAAUGGGUCGUUUAUUUCUAAUGAGGCUGCCAGUUCUCAGAGAGAGAGUCUACGGAGUCGCUUUUUAAAAAUACAAACAGGGAUUACAUCUAUGUAAAAAGAAGUGUGCAUAUGCAUAAAGACUGGGAACACAGAUAAUUGAAAUCAGUUGUGUUAGGGUGGUGGGGUUCCGUGAAUUUUUUUCUUUCAGAAAUUUUCUUUCUUUGAUAUUGAUAUAUUAAUAAUUGAAAUAAAUAACAGAAGGGGAACUAUAGAAACAUAGAAGAGAUACCAGAAGCAGACACCUUCUGGCCAGAGCCCAGAGCAUGCAGGGCACAGAUAUUUCCUAGUUACAAUUAUUCUGUAGGCUUUAUACUUGCCUGGGUACUGAGGUUGGCACACGCUCAGGUAUGGCACAUGCUUUCUUAUGAGACUAUUAUCUAAGUCACGCUAAGGAGACAUCACUGCUAGAACUCCAAAUGCAUUCUUCUGCUAUAAAACAGGUUGCCUUCAGCUUAAGUAUGGCAUCCAGGAGUCUAUUUUGUUUGCCUUAGAUUGGAGGGCUGACAACUUAAUUAGCCCUGUUGAUAAUACUUGUUUUAGAUGCUACCUUUCUAGCUUGUUUUAAGAGAUUUUCAAGGUCAAUUUUGGAAGGAUAGAAGGGUAAAAGAGCUAGCUCCUACCAGUUCCUGGCAUAACCAGACCAAUCAUUCUGACAGGAGUCUUCUUUAAAUAACCAUAGACAAAUCCCAUUGGUUGCGAUGGAAAUUACCAUGUACUAUUAAGCGUAACUGCAAAAUUAUUAAGAGAAAUAUUUAGGAUUGUCUGUUAACAUUCAGUUCCAGUCCUAUUAGUUUUGGCUUGGGAUGGUCUUUGGGCUCUUGUGCUGCGUGACUGUAGCAUGUAGGCAGUGAUCGUGGUUUUUUAAAAGAAAGGGAGACCAGCCAUCAAAGAAGAAUUUUCUUCUAACUCACCAAAGAAAUUUUAGGUGAGGACGUCAUUAAUGUAUGUUCCACAGUGUCACCAAAAGCAGAGUGUAUCCCCAGAAAACUCACAGGCAUUCGCUUAGCUCUUCAUAAUACAUAUGGAAGUCUUCACCCUGCCAUCCUGGUUGAAUCUUUUCCUGGUUGAAUCUGAGCCUUUUGAAGUUAAUAUUCAAACAAAUGAAUGGCGUGUUAUAUAAACGUCUCCCAGUCUUCGAAGAAGGAGCCUGAAAUUCAGCAUUUGUAAACUGACAGUCUAAUGGGCCUGGGAUUUGGAGUAACCUUAACACACAAUACUGGACAUAUACUUGCAUGUGGAUUGGAAAGGAAAUAAAUAGGGCCUUGGGAAUAAGGGAAGUGUUUCUCCUAUGAAAGAAUUUUUCAUCAAAGACUUAUUUCUGCUAUAAUUUUGGGUUGUUUGGAUUUUGGUUUUAUCUCUUCUUUUCUGCUUCACACUCCUUCAGUGAUCAACUACAUCUAACCAACUUCUCAUGCUUGGGAAUGUCUGUUUAUCAUCCAACAGUAUCUCGCCGAAUCUGCAAAUAUGGGACUUGAGAUAUCACCAUGUGCACACCUCUGACUAUACAAACACUACCGACUUGUAGCAUUGACUGCCACGUAAACCUAUUGAACUUGCAAGGUGAACUUAAAAAAAAAAUCUAAUUAGUGACACCAGACUCUCCCCAGAAGCUGCCAUCAGAUGAAUGCUGUCCUGUUAUUACCGACAGUAAGGCAAGCACCGUGGUCACCUGACUCAGUACCUAGGCAAAACCUGACAGUAAUGCUAAAGAAUAAGUCAGAUGUAGUAAAACACAUACCCAGGGAGGAGAUCUCGAUGUUAACAUGGGUAUUUUACCUAACUUGCUAUGUGACCGCGAGCAAAUCACUUAGCCCUUCUCUUUUAUUCAUCUAUAAAGUCAGGGCAUUGAAUCAAGUGCUCUUCAAGGUCUUUCCAAAAGCUCUGACAUUGUAUGAGGUAACAGUUUGCCUUGCAAAUUCAAUCAGCCAACGUGGUGGCAAAUAUCACAAGCUUAAGCCUGGAUCUCUUAGGUUGCAGCUCCACAGAACCAUGUACAAUGGAAAAACUCAAGUAAAUGAAGUUAACAGCAGCAGGGAAUGUUGAUCAAACUCAUGGAAACCUUCCAACUUCCUCCCAACUGUUUUGUUUUUAUUUUAAUGUCUUUUUUCCACUGAAUGUUCCCAGUUUUCAUUUUCUAUACGCUGUACAUGAAGUCUGGUUUCCAUAAAGCUGUGGCUAGCAUUUGCUACUAGAACAGAAAUUCACUGUCACAUUUCAUAGAAUAAAACUGUACUUGGGCCUCUCUAUUCCUAUGAAGCAGUUCUGGGGCUUAGAGCAUUAAAGUAUAAAGUGGCACAGGAUGGCCGAACCCAAGCAUUUUAAUGGCUAAGACCACAGAGUGGACCUAUGUAUUGACAAGUUACAAAAAAGAGCAACAGAAAGGCAAUUGCAUGCUUUUAGCUGACACAUUAACUGUUGGGAUCAAAGAAAACAUUUCUCAUGGAAAUUCCCACAGCAAUUGGCUAUGAGUAUGCCACUGAAAAAGAAGAGAAACUAGUUAGUUUGGUGGAUGGUCCCUUACUGCCUGCCUACAGCAGAGUGCCAACCAACCUGGAGUGUGAAAUUCAAGUUCAAUGUGUGUGCUUGUGUGUGGUGUGCUUUUUGGACCCGCAUAUACUAUAUUCAUUAGUGAUGAUAAGAUCUUUCACCAUUAAUGGGUUGAGUUUGAAAAUCUCAGUACAUCUGACAAUAGCUGUCAGAUCGCACGGAUACUGAUAUCUGCUGGGAUUGAACUCAUAACAUCCAGAUAAAAUAGAUUGAGGAGGAUCUUCAUUUUCACCGUUUAUCCAAGUUGUAUCUCAUUUGGCUGUGCAUUACUUUUGUCAAAAUGUGUUGUUAUUUGUUAACCCAUGUGUAGUGAAAUUCUUCUGUAAUUUUGGAUUAAUGGUAUUUAUGGUCUUAUGUUUGUUUGAUUAUUAAGUAAGUUAUUUCUUUUGUAGACUUGCUGAUGGUAUGACACCAUCCCUCUGCCCUCAGCAGCUGAUCUUUUUGAGGAUUUUUAUUUCUAAUAUUGUUAUUUUAAAUUGUGGUUGAAGCAAUAGAAAUUUGAAAUAUGGAUUGUGCAUGACUGUGUCUUGAGUGUAAAAAUAUUGCAGUUUGAAACUUGGACCUAAAGUAUUGCAAAUAAAAUGACAAACAUCA